GCGCAAGUAAGACGAAAUCAAUCUGGCAUCUGACGGACGAUGGGAUGAAUGUGGAGGUGAAGGUUUUGAGAUCUGCUCGAAAAGAAGUUUUCCUGGCACCUCUCUGACUCAAGUGAAUACAGUGAGAGGAGUUUGAAAAGAUGGAUUGCGAUCGUGAGGACGAACACGGUGGCCGGUCACCGAGCGGCUCGAAAUCCAACUUAUGUGAAAACGAGCAGCAAAAUAAUUUAGUUCUUAGUACAUCAAGUUUCCAACACGCUGAGUCGUCUGAUGUAAAAGACUCGGAAUCGACUAGAACGUGUCUAAAUGAACUAUCACCAACUGAUGACGUUUCUGAGAAGGAAAACUUAUGUCUUAUUUCCCCUCUUAGCAAAUCAAAACCACUAGCAUUUGAUGUGCAUAUCAAAGAAGACCCAGCAGAUGUGAAAAAGCCAUUUCAGGAUGCUCUAAACCCACCCGGCAGUGACUUCGGCGAUGCUUUUCCCGUCUGCGUUCAGCUGCCCGCAAGUCAUCUUAAAAAGUCACAUAUCACCGCUUAUAAAACAACACACCGUCAUCAUCGCAAAAUCAGCCAGUCCUCCGCCUCCACACUGAGCCGUUUGAGCCUGAAAGCCCCUGCUGAAGACCUGUGUGCAUCCUUUUUGUUGGCAUGUUUGUAUUGCAAGUUUUGGGAUUGUGUGCUGGCCGUUGGUGACGGAUGUCAAUACUGCGUGGCCUCUAUUUGUUCGUCCUUCUGCUCUAACGCAUGCUGCUGCGACCCUUCCAGUCUGGAGGACUUUAUAGAUUUUUGCCCAUGUUGCAGCUGCACUGAAUACAUGGAGGCAUGCGGCUGCAGUUGUGGAGAAAACGCUUUCGACUGCUCCAUUUGUGAUCUCUGUCUACAGACGACGGAGUGUCUGGAACUAGGCAUGGAACUCUCUCAGCUUCUGUUUCACUAGCUGCUCACGACAUCUCACGCUCAUUCAUAUACUGCUUAUGACAUUCACAAAUGUUAUGUGCUGAUUAUACAAGCAUGUAAAUCUGCUGGUUGAUUGUGGCUGUGAUACUGCACGCCUGCAUUUGAGGAAAAAAAAUAAAUCACAUGCUGUGAUCUGA